UAAAGCUAUGUGCUUACUGACAAAGUCUGACUUCAUGGAGAGAGCACCAAGAGCAGGAGAUAUAAUGUACAACUGUUUUCACUUGCUCUUGAAACAAUGCUUGAAAAACGCUAGUCAGCACACAAGAUAUCCCUACAUCAACAACAUCUCCACAGCUCUUUUAAGGGAGCAAGAGGCUAACAGUGAUCCACCUUUGAUACGUUCAAAUGCCAACAUAACAUCGCCUUGGCCAAUCAUUAGCAGUGACUUCCAGAACAUGGGUCAUGUCAUUCAUAACUCUAGUAACAGCAUCUCAAACUUGAUUGGAGAAGUGGACAAUACUCUUACACAAAGCCCAUCCCCGGGUAGCGAUUCACUCAAGGAAUCCCUCCAAUCAACAAAUCCCAGUUUUGAUGGGUCUCAGAAUGGCACAAACUCGGACAUGAUUACUGUACGAACACCAUCGCCAAGAGAAAUACCUUCUGCUAUAAAUAAGGACACCAUUAAAAACAACCAUGCUGAAAAAGACAGGUCUUUAGAUAAAAUAAAUGUACGUCUGCUUUGGUCAUUUCUCCAAGAAUUACUUAAUGAUCCAGAACAGCGAUACCAUCACUGUAUAGCAUGGAAAGACAAGAUCAAUGGAGUGUUUAAGAUUGUCGAUCCCAACCAUCUAGCACGAUUAUGGGGAAUGCAAAAAAAUCACCUCAACAUGAAUUUUGACAAGAUGUCUCGGGCACUCAGAUAUUACUACCGAGUAAAGAUUCUAAAAAAGGAACCUGGAGAAAGACAUUGUUACAGAUUUCUACGGCCCCCUGGUGAAUUACGGCACUGUAAACAGAGGUCGCUACUGAUCAAAGAUGCAAUUAAUGCUACAUCACCAAUUAUCAAUCCUUCGGUUGCAGCUAAUGAUGCUGAAAUGACAGUGUUAGACAUGAGUAUUAAGGAAGAGUGUUCUUUACCCUCCCAAGGAGAGUAAGUGUUUGCAAGAUUUUGGAAAAUUAAGCCUACAAGUAUUUCCACGAUUUUUUGUGGUAAUAAAAAAGAAGUGCCUUUUGUAUUUAUGUCACAUGACAUUAGCAUAUGAUGUACAUGUGUUUAAGACACCUGAACUUAAAAGACAACAAAAGAGAGUCUUUUUUUUUUUAAAUCUUAAACUAAGAGUUGUGAUCUUAUGGAAAAGAAACGUUACACGGAGAUUAGAUUUCAACAUCUAUGAAGACGUUAUAGAAGCCAUAAACAGAAUAAUGGUGAACUCCACAUCCUGCAUCCUCUGGCAGAAGGUACAUCGCAUCUGUUGUGUAUUGACAGUUUUGUGUUGUAAAACCCACAUUCAUUCUGCUGGCUCUAUAUUUAUCACCUUACUUUUGACAUUUGUUCUGGAUUAUUCUUUAUGAAACUCAACGGAAAACAAGUGACUUUAAAAUGUAAACAGAAAGUUGUCUUGAGCGGGAAAAAAUGUUAAGGUAAUUUCUUGGUGGUUUUAAAUGAUAUAACAUUCCUUAAAGUGUGAAUCAACUUUUUUACAAAUAGUAAAAAUGUAUUUAUUUUUCCCAGUGUACUAGCUAUGUACGUACAUAAACUCAGUUAUACACUACAGAUCUUGAAAUUUAACAGUGAUUGUCCAUACUAAGAGAAAAAAUACUGCAUUUCCAAGUAUUUUAAGUUUACUAAUCUUGUGAUUUUUCUGGUUGUUCAAAUGACAAUGGGUAUAGCAUAUAAUAAAUAAAAGAGUAAUUUAUUAAAACUGUUAAUCUGAAAACUCACCAGCUUAAGAGCAACAAACAUUGUUAAAGUUAAAAGUUCAACUCCAGUUAUAUAGUGACAUAUUCUCUUUAAAAGUUCAUCAACUCCAGUUAUAUAGUGACAUAUUCCCUUUAAAAGUUCAUCAGCUCCAGUUAUAUGGUGACAUAUUCCCUUUAAAAGUUCAUCAACUCCAUUUAUAGGUGACAUAUUCCCUUUAAAAGUUCAUCAACUCCAGUUAUAGGUGAUAUAUUCCCUUUAAAAGUUCAUCAACUCCAGUUAUAUGGUGACAUAUUCCCUUUAAAAGUUCAUCAACUCCAGUUAUAUGGUGACAUAUUCCCUUUAAAAGUUCAUCAACUCCAUUUAUAGGUGAUAUAUUCCCUUUAAAAGUUCAUCAAUUCCAGUUAUAUGGUGACAUAUUCUCUUUAAAAGUUCAUCAACUCCAUUUAUAGGUGAUAUAUUCCCUUUAAAAGUUCACCAACUCCAGUUAUAUAGUGACAUAUUCUCUUUAAAAGUUCAUCAACUCCAGUUAUAUAGUGACAUAUUCCCUUUGAAAGUUCAACUCCAGUUAUAUGGUGAAAUAUUCCCUUUGAAAUUUCAUCAACUCCAGUUAUAGGUGACGUAUUCCCUUUAAAAGUUCAUCAACUCCAGUUAUAGGUGACAUAUUCCCUUUAAAAGUUCAUCAACUCCAGUUAUAUGGUGACAUAUUCCCUUUAAAAGUUCAUCAACUCCAGUUAUAUGGUGACAUAUUCCCAUUAGAUGGGUUGCCAGUUUAUCACAGGUUAACCAAAACCUUGUAGCUGGUACCCAUUUUACAGCUGACAAGACUAAAACAAAUUGGGGUAAAGUGUUUUGCCCAAGGGCACAGUGACUAGGUGGGAAGAAGAAUCGAACUUGCAACCUUUCAAUUAUGAGUUUAAACCAUUAACCACUAGGCCACACUGUUCCCUAACAAACAAUGUGAUGGUUAUGGAGUUUUUAAGUGUUUUACACUCACAAAAAAGUAACCUAUCAUUCUAUAGGUAUUUGAAGAACUUGUGGCAUUCUGCCACAAUUUAAUUCUUCGUAUUUUUAGCCGACACUAGGCAGCUGAUACAUUCAUAGUUGAACAGAGUUGUUUAAACAUUUCUUCAAAUGUUCAUUAAAGCCGACAUAAGAUGCCUUUCUUGAACUUUUAAGGGUAUUUAAAAAGAUGAGUUCCCAAAAGUCUACAGAAUAAUGCCCUAUUUCGUUAUCUUGUGCUAACCUUUGUAAAAGACAUGCAGUUUUAUUUUCCUCAUUUGUUGUUCAAAAAGCAACAAGAAAACAAAUAUAUUUUGAAAUCUGAAUUUAAUGCAACAACUAUGGAAUAUUUUAUUACUAAGUGGAUUUUUAGUUGCUAAUCAAACAAUUUUGUGGUGAUAUUUUUUCAUGCAAGAUUAAAGUAAAUUGAAAUUUACUUUUUCACAAUGGGGUAAUUCUUUAAUUUGAUUUUAUUUGCUAAUUUUCUGGUAGUUUUUAUUUAGCUAAGGGGAACUCUGGUGGGGAAAGACUUAACCAAAUUCUAGUAUCCAAUAUACUACAAAUAUGCUUUGCACUGCUUCUGUUUAAUAAGGUAACUGGUUUCGUUGAAAAUCACAGUAAUGCUUGCUGAUGGUUUUCCAUAUUAGCUAACAAGGAUAUCUACUAAAAACGUUUAUCUGACAUAAUCGUAUUGUUACAGAGAGCCUGAUCCAGGUUUAAAUACAGAGCAUUAAAUACUGUGAACUACCACAAAAUUUACAGAUCUGUAAACCAAUUACUAAGUAAUUUGUAUUACAAUACAUUUCCACUUGUUUACUAUCGAGACUAUUUGUCUGUGAAAAGUUUAGAUUUAAGGACAUUAAUCGUGUUAUGAAGAGGGCCAUAUAUGUGCUUUGUUAAGCUUUAAUUACAUCUACGAAGUUAAGAAAACUCUGUUGUACAUAUAUAUAAUGUAAAAAUUUAUGUACAUAAAAUAUUUUAAUUGUAUACUGUUCUUUUAAUGGCAGCAUACUUCUAAAAUGUCCAAUUAAAGUUUGAUGAAUUUGAAUUUUAUUGCAGUUCCAUUUAAUUUCUUUAAGGUUGCAGUAAGAUAGAUUUUUGAACAUUGUAAAAUACCUUGUUCUUUGUGAUUUUGAAACUUUUAAAAACUGAAAAAAAAACCUAAACAGCAGCUAUUACUACUACUUGUGAUUAUUUUCCAUUUAUAUCAAUUUAUGAAAAUAUCAAGAAAUUUUAUUUUUAUUUAUUUUUGAAUAACUUGUAACAACUCUGUGAUCAUCAAUUGAAUCAAAACAAAUUUGUUGUAUCUAACUUUAUAUGAAGAAUUUGAAUGCUUUGAAAACUGUCUUUUUCUUCAGAAGGAAAAAAAAUAAAAAUACAUAUUAUUUUA